UAAAAUAUAGCUUUUUUCCUAUUCUCGUUCAACCUCCCCAUCCGAUUUCCUUUUACUCUUCCCCUGUCUCUCUUCCACCAUCUAUGCUCCCUACGAGGGUUUCCAUGGCAAAGGGUCUGGAGAACAUUUCGUAAUCAGCCAACCGUAUCUAAUAAUUAUCUCACAUCGAACACACGCCAUUGAGAAUUGUCAAGACAAUGGCUUCAAAGAAAGUUUUAUGCUUUCUUUUCGUCUGUUCCUUUGCCUUGAGAAGUGCCGCCAUCUGUACCGACAACAGCGAUUGUUCCUUCCUUGAGUCCUGUUGUACAGAUAACGUAUGUAGACAAAAAUGCAACGGCUGUUUGUUCGACUCGCAAUGUGGAACGAACGAGCAGUGCUGCAACAGUAAAUGCAUAAGUAGUUCGUCUUCUUGUUCCUGUUCGAACGACUUCCAAUGUGACAGUGGUGAGCAGUGCUGUAAGAGCAAGUGCAUCAGCAGUUUGUCUUCUUGCUCCUGUUCAUUCGACUUCGAAUGUGACAGCAGCGAGAAGUGCUGUACAUAUGAUAGCAAAUGCAUUGACAGUUGGUCUUCUUGUUCUUGUUCGUCCGAUUACCAGUGUGACAGUGGAGAGGAUUGUUGUGGGGGAGUAUGUUCGUCGUACUGUAGAUGGAGCGGCGGUGCUAUUGCAGCCGCUGUGAUCGGUACAAUUAUCUUCUUCGCCAUCAUCAUCUCCAUCGUAUCCUGCCUCUGCUGUGCUUGCUGUCCGUACUACCGCUAUCGUACACCCGGCGCUGUGGUUGUCACCCAACAGCCGCAACAACAGUUCGUCUCAACUCAGACACACAUGAUGACUACGCAGCAAGUUCAUCCUCCUCCGCCGACGAACUACAACCAGCCUCCUCCAGGUUACAAUCCGCCUCCUUAAUGUACUCUCAGAAAUGUAGUUUCUCUUUCAGUGUCAUAUUAAACCGAUCUGGCUGUAUUCAACCCCGUCUCCCAUCGACAGUUUUCGAUCUAUUUCCGCUAGAUUGCGAAUGUCGAUCGUGUCGCAUAGCAGUAAUAUUGUUAAUCUCAAUAAUAUAUUUACAGGUUAAAAAUCUGUGUAAUUAGCUCGUUUUUCCGCAAUUAUAUUUCCGCUGCUACCACAUUCACUGACGUCAGUGACGCGGCUUAUUCCGCCUCAGGGAGAUUUGUUACCUUUUGAUGUUCUACUUUUAGCCGAUCGGAUCUUUAGCAGAUCCACCGACAGCAUAUGCUGUAUCGAUGUCGAGUAGUAUUUACAUAUGUGUGUUGUCUUAAUUUUGCGAAAAAUAAUUUAUUAUUAAUGCGCCGCCGA